AUGCUUCCAAUAGAAAAAGAAAAUUCUAGAGUUGCUACAACUAAACCAUUAGAUGAACUUUUUACUAAUGUCGGUCAAAAGUUUGAGACAGAUACCGUAAAGCAUGAAGGCUAUCGUUUUGACUACCCAUUAAGAUGGUUAAGAGACCCAUCCGUCACAAAAGCUAUUGGCUUUCGUAGAAUGAAGUUCAUUUCAGAAGCCAUACAUGGUUUCCCAUUUACGGUCGGUUUUGAAGUUCGAUACUAUAACAAAGAAAAACGUAUGUAUGAGAAAUUUGAACAGGGAAAACUUUUACAAGUUAGUUUGCUUAUAAACUUAGAAACAACUCUUUAA